GUGUGGUGGUUGCUGGCUGAGCUGGAAGAAUCUCCGAGCCUGGCAGGAUCAGCUGUUGGGAGAAUAUUUUGAGCAGGUUCAGGAGCCUUUGAAGGAACUCUCAAUGCAGAAUAAAACACACACAUUCAGACCGAUUCGCUUGUUUAAAAGACAAAUACAGUUAUUUACUACUAAGCCAUUUACUCACAGCGGAGGGCUUUCUGUUUGCAGCUGUAUGUGCACUGCCAAGUGGAGCCAACUUGAGGAAAGAAACAUUUGAGGAACAUCUCUCCAACACACUUCAUUUACCUGAAGUGGGACUUGGGAAGUCGCAUCAUGCCACAUCUCAGCACACUGUGUGUGUACUUUUUGAUGGUCUUGAAGCCAGUUAUGACAAACACCAUCACCGAGGACAUAGAGGUUUUGGUAUUUUUGCCACAAAAUAAUUCCUACCCUUUUUCACAUACAAGAGUCGCGCCGGCGAUCCUUUACGCACAACAGAGGCUGAAGACAGACGGAGGACAGUACUCCGGGUUCCACUUCAACAUCCAGUUUGAGAACUCUAACUGUGUCAAUGAUGCUCUGUUCAUGUUAGUGGACAAGUCGUGCGGCCAAAAGCCGGAUCUGAUUUUGGGUCCGGUGUGCGAGUACGAGGCGGCUGCGGUGGUGAGGCUGGCAUCUCACUGGGACAUCCCGGUGAUCUCGGCAGGUGCCCUGGCUGCCGGCUUCAGCAACAAGAACACCGAAUACUCCCACCUGACCCGCAUCGCUCCGUCUUACGUGAAAAUGGCAGAGACCUUCACCGCGAUGUUUGAGCACUUCACCUGGAAGAGCGCGCUGCUGGUUUACGAAGACGACAAGGAGGAGCGGAACUGUUACUUCACUUUGGAGGGAGUCUAUCAUCUGAUGGCUGACUUUAACAUUAAAACAUACGCUUUCUACCACGAUAAUCGCUUGGACACUGAAGACAUCCUCCAAAACAUCCAUGACACUGAAGUGGUGAUCAUGUGCAUGGGAGCAGACAAAAUAAGAGAGAUCAUGCUGGCUGCACACAGACAACGGCUGACCAACGGCAAUUAUAUGUUCUUUAAUGUUGAACUCUUCAACGCCUCUUCUUAUGGCAAUGGCUCAUGGAAGAGAGGAGAUAAAUAUGAUAACGACGCGAGGCAAGCCUAUGCUUCUCUGAACACUGUGACGCUGCUCAGAACAGUCAAGCCUGAGUUUGAAAACUUCUCCAUGGAAAUGAAGAAGUCCAUCGAAAAAACUGGGUUUCAUAACUGCAAAGACUGUGAAAGUGUCAACAUGUUUGUUGAGGGAUUCCAUGAUGCCAUGUUGCUGUAUGCCAUCGCCCUGCAUGAAGCCAUUAAAAAUGGAUACAGUAAGAAGAAUGGGACAGAGAUCACCUCGCGCAUGUGGAACAGAACAUUUGAAGGAAUCGCUGGCCAGGUAUCAAUGGAUGUCAAUGGUGACAGAGACGGAGAUUUCUCUUUGAUGGCCAUGACCAAUGUUGAGGCCGGAACCUACGAGGUGGUGGCCAACUACUUUGGUGUAAAUGGAACUUUUCAAUUGCUGCCUGCCUUCAACAACGACCAUUUCACUCUGAGGGGCAGACAUAAAGCACACACAGAAACAGCAGACAAAUCAUGUGGAUUAGGAGUAUCAGCUUUGACUGGAGUCAUAGUCGGAGCUGUUCUGGGAACUGCAAUGCUUAUAGCAUUCUACUUUUUCAGAAAAAACUACAGGAUUACUAUUGAGCGUCGCACACACAGUGAAGAGUGCGACAUCGGGAAGCACCGUCAGUUACGAGAGGACUCCAUCAGAUCGAACUUCUCAGCAGCAUAAUCCUCAGCAGCGGCAGUCCCUUCACAGAGAAUCACACAUCUAAAUGUGACCAAAGACUUUGCAAUGGUUGUUGGUGGAGCCAUGCUGUUUGAAAUUUUGUGUAUGUAUCCUCUAAUGUUUUGACUUAUUGUAACUCAGGACAGUUAUCAGUCACAAAGCACCACUUCACUUGGUUUGUCCUCCAUACAAAAAGUAUAUGAUUGUAUUGGUGUGUAGAGAGCUUUGACCAUAAUAUUCUAGGAUUUUUGAAGGAUUUUGUUUUAGGGUUUGUUUGUUUGUUUGUUUGUUUGUUUGUUUGUUUUUAAUGUUCAGAUGGUGAUUACCAUGACUGUGAAUGAUUCAGAACAGAUGGCUAUAUUUGCAUGCACUACUGGGGUGGCUGAGGUUUACUUGUGCCUCUCAGGUUGACAGGACAAACAGGGGCCUCACAUUUAAGGCUGGUUAAUUAUAGUGGCAUCUCGAAACUUUGAAGACAGCUGGAGCUAACCAACUGAAAAGGGAUAUAGGCUCGAUCUAUAUCUAUAGGCUAUAAGCUACUGAUAUUAAGCUACUGAUAUUGUAAGGUUUUCAGUUCACCAUAACCUUGCUGAGAUCCAGCAGCCUCCAUAUAAAUGAAAUUACUCAUUCCUAACUGAGCACAUUGCUCUUAAAUUUAGGAAUGCUGGGUCACAUACUGUAUCAAUUUGAUCACAUCUCUUUUACACCUUUUGAUUGGCUCAUUUACAGCAUUUCCUUUUUUAAAUUUGUCAGUUUGUUACAUUCAAUUAUCACUUCAUAACAAAUUGUGGAACUACUUCCUGGUAAUGGUUAAUAAAUUAUUCACCAAUGCUUUAUAGGCCAUAGUAAGUAACAACUUGGGUUGAAUCAUUUUGGCUUUAUAGGUAACCAACCUCCCAGUAAAUUUAAGGAAAAGUACAAUUUAUAACUACUUGGGAUUUUCGUAGCUCUGGCAUUUGGUUCUAUCAAUUUUUAUCAUCUGACCUAUCUGAUCUUCUUAGGUCUCAUGUUUGGUGCCCUGUUGAACCUCCUUUUUUUUCUCCGUGCUGGUGAUCGGAGGAGGUUAUUAGUGAUGAACUGAUUAGAUUUAAGUGGUCAGAGGUCAAGGUCAUUAUGACCUUGCACCUGUCUUAGCUUAUGAACAUGAAAUCUCAAGAACACCUUUAGGGAAUUUCCUUAAAUUUGGCACAAAGUCUACAUGGACUCAAGCAUGAACUGAUUAGAUUUUAGUGGUCAAAGGUCAAGGUCACUGUGACGUUGCGUCUGUCUCAUUCUUGUGAAUCUGAUCUCUCAAGAUGAAGGCCUUGGAGGAAUUACCUCAAAGUUGGCACAAACAUCCACUAAAGGCUCAUUUAAGCUCAACGUUAAAUACAGAUCCGGAUACGGA